CAGCUUACGUUUACUCACAGAGAAUCUUCAACAGUGCUUCAGGCCACCGUGUACAAUGUUGUUCCAAACGUCGCAAUAGUUUUCACGGCUUUGUCAGCUCCAUUCAUGGCAGCGCGGUUGCUGAGUUCCGGCAAAUCGAUGACACUAACGAGAAAAAUAAUGGAGGGCGUUUCGUUGACGGGAGUAGCUUUAUGCUUAUUUAUCGUUCCAAUCACAUCGUCAUUUGUACCGGCUUUGCUCAUAUUUUCUAUGGCUAUGGCAAGCCGGGGACUGCAUCAUGGAGGUGUUUCCGUAAACCCUCACGAUCUGGCGCCACAUCAUACUGGAGCUGUUUUUGGCAUCUUCAAUGCAUGCAGUGCAAUUACGGGCUUUAUCGGUGUGUACGUAGCUGGACACAUCCUGGACGCGACAAAUAACAACUGGUCGUAUGUGUUUAUAAUCACCGGUGUACAAUGCAUCAUUGGAGCACUUGUUUACGGGCGUUACGGUACGGGAACUAAGAUUAUCUAG